AUAACAAUCAAUCCCGACGGCCUACACAAUCCUGUUGUGCAACUAUCCGUUGGUGAGGAGAUAGGUAUGGACCGUUUCUCUGCUACUGCUGGUUCUGGAAAAUAUCAGCGAGCCCACAACAUUGUGUCAGAUGGAUUCGCAGCAGCUUACUUUUUUCACUACACUAUUCGAGCCAUUAUAGAAACUCUGUUCGAAGUGCAAGUCUUGCCAUUCAGGCACAUCAAGUGA